UAAAGUAAUCACCUUUCAAAAAUUCCCCCUUUCGCUUUUCCUUUCUAAAAAAUAAAACACUUAAAUUACUAUGCCAUUACGUAAGCACUAAGCUGGCCUUACUUUACUAAUGCCAUUCACUAGCGAAUGUCAUUAAAGUAGACUAAUGGCAUCAUAAUGGUUUAGUUUAAGCCAUUUGGUACUCAUACAUUCAGUUGUGAUAAAUCUAUUGCAGUGACAAUAAUUUAUCUAUUUAAUUUUCAUCUAACUAUUUGAUCAUGGACAGAAGCAAUCGUAAGACAAUUCGUGUUGGUUCACGUAAAAGUGAAUUAGCAUUAAUCCAAACCAAGUUUGUUAUUAGCCAGUUAAAAGAAUUACAUCCCGAAAUAGAAUUUGAAAUAGUCUCUAUGACCACAAUGGGUGAUAGAGUUCUGGAUAAACCUUUACCAAAAAUUGGAGAGAAAAGUUUGUUCACCAAGGAUCUUGAAGUUGCUUUACUUAGUGGUACUGUUGAUUUCAUUGUACAUUCAUUGAAAGAUUUACCAACUGUAAUGGAAAUUGGAACAACAAUUGGCGCUGUAUUAGAACGAGAUGAUCCAAGAGACGCUCUAGUACUUCGAGAAGAUUGUAAAGAAUAUCAAUUGGACUCACUACCUUCAAAAAGUUUCAUUGGAACUAGUUCCUUAAGACGCACAGCUCAGUUGAAAAGAAAAUUUCCUAAUCUUCAAGUGUCUGAUGUCCGUGGAAAUUUAAACACUAGAUUAAAGAAAUUGGACAGUAGUAAUUCUACUGGUGACAACACAAAUACAAAUUAUAGUGGCAUAAUUUUAGCAUUGGCUGGAAUUCAAAGAAUGGGAUGGGAAAAACGUGUAUCUCAAAUAAUUGAUUCAGAUGUUAUGCUUUAUGCUGUUGGUCAAGGCGCUUUGGCAGUUGAAUGUCGUUUGGGAGAUGAUUAUAUUUUAGAAUUACUUGAACCAUUGCAUCAUUAUAAAACAGUUUUACAAGUUGUUGCUGAAAGAGGUUUCCUUACACGAUUGGGAGGAGGAUGCAGUGCACCUGUUGGCAUAAGGUCUAAUGUUUGUUUAACAAAAAAUGCUAUGUCUUUGGAUGGUGCCGUUUGGAGCCUUGAUGGCUCAGAACAAUUACAAUCUUCAUCUUCUGCAGAGUUGGCAGAUAAAAAAGUCAUACAGAGCCAUAUUGAUCAGUACAGAGGUGAAGAUGGAGAACCACCAAAGAAAUGUCCAUACAAACAACCAAGACAAUUUGUAGGAGUUACACCAGGGAAAAUUAGUUAUUUAGAUUUGGAUGCAGCAUUAAAAUUGGGUACAGAGUUAGCAGAGAAUUUAAUAAGUAAAGGUGCUCUAGAUAUAAUGAAUACAGCAAAAGAUAUAAUUCACUCGACCAUUAAAUAAUUGUACAUAACCUUGUGUUAUUAAAAUUUACUUUUUCAUUAUUCUCUUGGGGCUGUUAUGUUUGGUUUUGGUGAUUUAUGUUAACCCUUGUUAUUUAUUGUAUUGUCCUUUUAUUUUUAUUUGAAUGACUACCCCUUGUUGAAUUAUGCUACUCUUAUUAUUGUUAGUAAAAUAUAAUUAUUUACAAUUAGUUACCCAUCAAAUAUAUAUUCUUAUUCUUUAAUUUCUAUAAGUGCUAGAAUAGUUUAAUCAGGAAAAAUUGGAAGGGAAAUGUGUAAUAAAAAUAUAAAAUAUGCAUUUCUGAAUA